AUGUUGCAGAUUUUGUGUAUAAUUUCCAAAUUCUGCCAAAGCUUUAAGAAACCUAGUUUCUCCAGUUGGACUAUUGUUUGUAUUGGCAGUGCAAUCGUUGAUAUAGAAGUUAUAUCAACAGAAGAAACAAAAGAACCGAAAAAAGGAGAAAUUUCCUAUUUUCCUGCAGAAAUUAAACAAAGGGCUGGGGGUGUAGCUAGAAAUCAUGCGGAAGCACUUGCCCGUCUUGGUAUUGAUGUUGAUUUGAUUUCUGCUUUUGGUGUUGAUUUAAAUGGGGAUCCAGAUAUUGGGGCUACUUUUCUUUUUAAAAAAUUAGAAGGAUUGGAAAACUUGGUUUGUUUACAAAUUUGUAUUAAAAUUAUUUUGUGA